UUUUGAAAUAUAAUGGGAUCAUGUGAUAGAAAGAGGCCCAUUUGCAAGGAGAAGCGUUUUUAUGGGAAGGUGUUGAACGGUAUCACCGACGGCGCCACGAAAUUCAUGGCGCACGAUAAGUGCCUGACCUCUCACCCCUUCUAAAACACCCACCCUCAUACUUUCAACUACCAACCAAUCCCACCAUUCUCUCUCUCUCUCUCUCUCUCUCUCUCUCUCUCUCUCUCUCUCUCUCUACAUUUCUUCUUCUUCUUCUUCAGAAUUUUCUUCACACAAAUCUCCAUGUUCUUGCACCCACAACCACCUUCUCAGAGUAGUCAGUUAAUGGCACAAAUCGCCAGCAGUUCGCCGUCGAACCCGAACUACGGUUUUCCUUUCUGUGAAUCUUUGCAAAUGGAACACAACUUCUACACAAAUCUCUCUCCCAUUUACGACCCAGGUAUGAUGUAUAACAAAGUAGCAGGAGGAAAUAUGGCUGAAAAUCCAAUAUCAAGAAAAAGAGGGAGAGAAGAAGAUUUGGGUUUAAGCAGUGGGAUUAAGGCAAAGACGAGUACGGGCCUACGUUUAUCAACAGAUGAAAUGAAUGAAAAUAAUGGAUGUUCUUCUUCUUUGAGUGGUGGUCUUUCCAUUAGAAUGCAGAGAGAACAACAUGAGCUAGACCUCUUUGUACUCAUGCAGAUGGAGAAAAUAAGGGUAGAAUUGGAACAGAAGAGAAGGAAUUACUGGAGUAACGUGUUCCAGGUGGUGGAGGAAGGAAUGCAGAGGAUCCUGAAAGGCAAAGACGAAGAGAUUGACAAAAUGAGCAGAAGAAACACAGCACUGGAAGAGAAGGUAAAAUCCCUACUACUGGAAGGGCAGAUUUGGAAAACCGUGGCGCAGACGAACGAGGCGACGGUGACGCUGCUACGUCGGGAUCUGGAACUCGUGCAAACGAGAGAAGGUGAAGGCGAUAACGGCGAGGUGGAUGAUUCCACGUCAUGCUGCGACGGACAGAAGGCCAUCAGUCGCAACUGCCAGGGGUGUGGGAAGAAUGAAAUUUCCGUUCUUGCCCUCCCGUGUCGGCAUCUGUGCUUGUGCAGUGAAUGCGAUCCGAGGUUCGAGUCGUGUCCCAUGUGCAUGUUACCGAAGAGCGCCAGCAUAAAAGUUCACAUGUGUUGAAGAUUUUGUUUAAAUAAUUAAAAGAAAUUUAAUAACAUUUUUCUUUUGUUACAAGU